CCCGGGAGCCGGCCGUGCGCUCCGGCCCCGCGCCAGCCCGCCCCCAGCCCGCGAGGCCCGCGGGCUCCCGUAACUGGAUAAAAGAAGACUGGAAACAUGUCCGAGUUUUGGUUAAUUUCUGCCCCUGGAGAUAAGGAAAAUUUACAAGCGCUGGAGAAGAUGAAUACAGUAACCUCCAAGUCAAACCUGUCUUAUAACACCAAAUUCAUGAUUCCUGACUUCAAGGUGGGGACCUUGGAUUCCCUUGUUGGCCUCUCUGAUGAGUUGGGGAAACUCGAUAUCUUUGCUGAAAGCCUCAUAAAGAGAAUGGCCCAGAGUGUGGUGGAAGUGAUGGAAGAUGCGAAGGGGAAGGUCCAGGAGAACCUUCUGGCCAACGGAGGUUUGAAGGAAAAAAUGAAAUGCUUGAAGACUGACUUAACGUCCUUCGUGACCCACUUCGAAUGGGACAUGGCCAAGUAUCCCGCGAAGCAGCCUCUGGUGAGCGUGGCAGACACUCUGGCAAAGCAACUGGCACAGAUUGAGAUGGACCUGAAGUCCCGAACGGCCGCCUACAACACUCUGAAGACAAAUCUGGAGAACCUGGAGAAGAAAUGCACGGGAAACCUCUUCACUCGGACACUGAGCGACAUUGUGAGCAAAGAAGACUUCGUGUUGGAUUCCGAGUAUCUGAUCACACUUCUGGUCAUUGUUCCCAAACCAAGCUAUGCACAAUGGCAAAAAACCUACGAAUCCCUCUCGGACAUGGUGGUCCCACGGUCAACGAAGUUGAUAGCUGAGGACAACGAGGGCGGCCUCUUCACCGUGACUCUGUUUCGGAAAGUGAUUGACGAUUUCAAAACCAAGGCCAAAGAGAAUAAGUUCAUUGUCCGGGAAUUUUACUAUGACGAAAAAGAAAUUAAAAGGGAGAGGGAAGAGAUGACCAGGUUGCUGUCGGAUAAGAAGCAACAAUACCAAACUUCCUGUGUUGCUCUUAAAAAGGGAUCAUCCACCUUCCCGGACCACAAGGUUAAGGUAACCCCGCUAGGGAACCCCGAUAGGCCCGCUGCGGGGCAGAACGGCAGAGAGAGAGAGAGUGAGGGCGAGGGUGAGGGCCCGCUGCUGCGAUGGCUCAAGGUGAACUUCAGCGAAGCCUUUAUUGCCUGGAUCCACAUCAAGGCACUGAGAGUGUUUGUGGAGUCUGUGCUCAGGUAUGGAUUACCAGUGAACUUCCAGGCGGUUCUCCUCCAGCCUCAUAAGAAGUCAUCCACCAAACGUUUAAGAGAGGUUCUGAACUCCGUCUUCAGACAUCUGGAUGAAGUCGCAGCUGCAAGUAUAUUGGAUGCAUCCGUGGAGAUCCCUGGAUUGCAACUCAGCAACCAAGACUACUUUCCUUAUGUCUAUUUCCACAUCGACCUUGGUCUUCUUGACUAGAAAGAUGAGCCGGCACCGCUAAACUUGCACAUUUGUGCAAAUUAGCACAGACGCUUCUUUCCUUUAGCCAGAGAAGAGUUUAAGUAUCCUACAGCAUUUAAAUUUUUAGAGAAAUUGCUCACAAAAAUUAGUUACAGUUGGAUUUAUUUUUUUUAAGUUACAAUAAAGAAAUGUUCUCAAUC